ACUUUAAAAGUACAGUUUGAAGAUUUGUGGCUCUGAGCGCCAGAGGAGGUUUCUGUUAGUUCUUGAGGAAUCGGAGGAGGAAUUAAAAACUGAUUACCGACAUUUUACUGAUUUAAAUUGAUCGGAAUUACAUCGCAAGACUUUAUAGCGACACAGGAGGAAAAGACACUCCUUCACUCGGCUGUCAGACCGCGGAGAGGCGCUUCUGUCUGCGGCCACCAUGGCUUCCAUUAACGGUACCGGAGGGAGGCGAGAGGAGAAGGGCCGCAAUAUCCAGGUGGUGGUCCGGUGCAGGCCUUUCAACACCAUGGAGCACAGGUCGUCUCACGGAGUCAUCGACUGCGACCAGAGCAGGAAGGAGGUGCUGGUCAGGACAGGCGGCGUGACCGACAAGUCCUCCAGGAAGACCUACACCUUCGACAUGGUUUUUGGCCCGGCUGCGAAGCAGAUCGAUGUCUACCGCAGCGUGGUGUGUCCCAUCCUGGACGAGGUUAUUAUGGGAUAUAACUGCACCGUGUUUGCCUACGGUCAGACAGGAACCGGGAAGACCUUCACCAUGGAGGGGGAGCGGACUCCGAACGCGCAGUUCACCUGGGAGGAGGACCCGCUGGCCGGCAUCAUCCCCCGGACGCUGCACCAGAUCUUCGAGAAGCUCAGCGAGAACGGCACCGAGUUCUCCGUCAAGGUUUCUCUGCUGGAGAUCUACAACGAGGAGCUGUUCGACCUGCUGAGCCCCACCGAGGACGUCAACGAGCGCCUGCAGCUGUUCGACGACCCCCGCAACAAGCGCGGCGUGGUGGUGAAGGGGCUGGAGGAGGUGGUGGUCCACAACAAGGACGAGGUUUACCAGAUCCUGGAGCGAGGAGCAGCCAAGAGGCGGACGGCCUCCACCCUGAUGAACGCCUACUCCAGCCGCUCCCACUCUGUGUUCUCCGUCACCAUCCACAUGAAGGAGAUCACCCUGGACGGCGAGGAGCUGGUGAAGAUCGGCAAGCUCAACCUGGUGGACCUCGCCGGCAGCGAGAACAUCGGCCGCUCCGGAGCUGUGGAUAAGCGGGCCCGCGAGGCCGGGAACAUCAACCAGUCGCUGCUGACCCUGGGCCGGGUCAUCACCGCCCUGGUGGAGAAGAGGCCCCACGUCCCGUACAGAGAGUCCAAACUCACCAGGAUCCUGCAGGAUUCGCUGGGCGGACGCACCAAGACCUCCAUCAUCGCCACCGUGUCGCCGUCCUCCAGCAACCUGGAGGAGACGCUGAGCACGCUGGAGUACGCCAGCCGAGCCAAGAACAUCAUGAACAAACCCGAGGUCAACCAGAAGCUCACCAAGCGGACCCUGAUCAAGGAAUACACGGAGGAGAUCGAGCGGCUCAAACGGGACCUGGCCGCCACCCGAGACAAAAACGGGGUUUACCUUUCAUCAGAGAACUAUGAGAGCAUGGUGACCCAGAUCACGGCUCAGGAGGAGCAGAUCGUCAUGAUGGAGGAGGAGCUCAAGAAGGUGAACGAUCUGUUCCUGGACAGUAAGAGCCGGCUGGAGCAGUGCAGCAUGGACCUGGAUGAGAAGCAGCAGAGACUGGAGGAGACCAGCAGGGAUCUGGAGAAGACCAAGGAGAAGCUGGUGGAGGAGGAGUUCAUCUGCUCGGAGCUCAGCUCGGUCCACGAGUCGCUGUACAGCGCCGCCGGACAGCUGCUGAGCGCCGUCGGUGAGAGCACCAGCGACGUGUCGGGUCUCCACGCCAAGCUGGACCGCAAGACCAAGGUGGAGCAGCACAACAUGCAGACACAGCAGAGCUUCUCCCAGAGGAUGGACGGCGCCUUCAGCAGCCUGCAGCACAGCGUGCAGCAUCACGGCGCCGCCCACGCCCGCAUGCUGACCGGCUACGCCCACGCCGCCGACGGCCUGCUGGUGGGGAACGAGGCCACGCUGCGGGGCGCCCUGGUCACCGUGGAAACGCUGGUGGGCGGAGUCCAGGCGCUGGUGGCGGACAGCGCCGCCCGCUUCCGGGAGAAGGCGGAGCGGCACGAGGCGCUGACCCGGGAGCAGAGGGAGGUUCUGCUGCAGCUGCUGGAGGAGCACCAGCAGGAGGUGCAGGAUGUUCUGGCCGUGCAGACGCUGCCGGGUCUGACCGCCAUCAGGGAGCUCAGUGACGCCCUGCAGGUUUCCAUGGAGACGCAGCGGGAUCUGGCCGAUCAGGUGGAGGCGAUGAAGGAGAACGGAGUCUUCCUCAGUGCUCUGGUUCUGGACCUGGCGGCGCUGCUUCAGGACGCUCGGACCGGACUGAGCGCGCUCCAGGAGGAGCAGGAGCGGCUGAAGCAGCAGAUCCAACGGGCCCAGCAGCGCCACCAGCAGAGGAUGAACCUGGUUACCAUGGAAACCCAGCAGGACUACAGCGAGCUGCACGUGACCUCCAGUACCCUGCAGGGCCCGGUUGAGGAGCUGCAGCAGAACCUCAGCAGCCGCUGGGGCGCGGUGGAGCAGCGUUCUUCGUUGCAGGCGGAGCGUCUGCUCUCCUCCUCUUCCUCUCUGGCCUCUUCGCUGCGCCAGGCGGCCCAUCAGAACCAGGUUCUGCUGGAGGAGAUGAGCGGCCGCUGUUCAGACCUCCACGGCGCUGUGUCAGGCCUGGUGGACCGGGACGCAGAGUGGACCUCCAGAACCAGGGAGCAGGCGGCCCGCCGGGCCCAGGACCUGCUGGUUCUGAUGGAGCAGCUGGCAGAAGAGGCCCAGAGUCUCAAUCAGGGUGUGGAGACCCGAGGUGCCGAGCGGCUUCGGGCUGCCGAGGCGGACCUGAGCGGCCGGCAGGAAGAGAACCGGCGGGUUCUGACGGAUCUGCAGAAGCAGACGGGUUCGGACCUGGUGGUUCUGGAGCGGCAGCAGGCGGAACUGCAGGAGCAGCUGGAGGCGGGUCAGCAGCUGGUCCGAAGCUUCCUGCUGGAGGAGCUGCAGCAGGACGUUCCUACUGGUGUGACUCCUCAGCGCCGGGAGUUUGUUUAUCCCAGGGUUCUGAAGAGGAGCGGCAGGCGCAGCGAGCUGCUGGAGGCGCUGAGGAUGAGGCAGGAGGAUGAAGGCCCAGAGGAGGAGGACAGGCAGAGCCAGGACUCCCUGGAGAACGAUCUCAGCUCCUGCAGCGAGAGUCUGGCCGCCGAGCCGCCCUUUGUCGACGAGAACCUCGUCUUCAACGAGAGCAAGCGGCUUCCUUUCUUCAAGCAGAAGAAAGGCAGCAGGAAGGAGACCAAGGUUCUGUCCAGGUCCAAAAUGGCGGACAGCGAAGGACAGGGCUCUCCAAUAAAGUCGCGGCUGCCGCUGCAUUGCCUGAACUGAACCCGCCGCACACAUCAGUUUUAACAUUUUUCUUGUCCAUUUGUCAUUAAUUUCUUCUUGUUUUUUGUUGUUAACUUGUAAUAAAGCAUGAUUCAUUUUACACUGAGACUA